GAGGAACCAUGGGAGGAGCAGCCGGGAAUGAUGACGUAGGAUUGGAAUGAGGGAGUGAAUGUUCCGGGUCAGAAACUGUACUGGAGAGGAAAUUAACUCCGGGACGAGAGACAGAGAGGGAGAGAGAGAGAGAGAGAGAGAGAGAAAAAAGAAACGAGAAAUGCAACCCUCUUCCAAACUGAGAUGUAGCCUUCGUUUUCUCGGCUAAAAGAGGGGCUUUAAAGCGGACACCCUGAGACAUUCCAGCGGCGACGCGACGGGAGCAGCGACACUAUCCAAAAAGACAAAACAAAACAAAAAACAGGUGCCUACAAACUAACCAAAGUGAGCCAACGACGGAGUGCAAUUCCCACAUUCGCCGCGACCCAAUGCUAGCUGGGUAGUGGGACUCACUUCACGGCUGGGUUUCGGUGUUUACUUGCCUCUGAGUUUUCGCCUCUCUGGUGUUGUUGGACGGUGAUUUUAGUUCAGGACUAUCCCGCCGUCGCUGCGCGUAAAGCCCGAGCAAUCUGUUGCAUCCUCUCCGCCUGUUUGUUUAUCACACGGGUACGAGAUUUAUUUCCAUCGCCCCCGUGAUGUUUCACUGUAUACCCCUGUGGCGGUGCAACCGUCAUGUUGAGAUGAUCGAUAAACGCCACUGCUCCCUGUUAUAUGUGCCCGAUGAGAUUUACCGCUACGGCCGGAGUUUGGAGGAGCUUUUACUGGAUGCCAACCAACUCCGGGACUUGCCUAAGCCAUUCUUCCAGUUGGUGAAGCUAAGAAAACUGGGUCUGAGUGACAAUGAGAUCCAGAGGCUGCCACCAGAAAUAGCCAACUUCAUGCAGUUGGUAGAGCUGGACGUCUCUCGAAACGAUAUAAUGGAAAUUCCAGAGAGCAUCUCGUACUGCAAAGCCCUCCAAGUGGCAGAUUUCAGUGGAAACCCAUUAACAAGAUUACCUGAGAGCUUUCCAGAGCUACGGAAUUUAACAUGCCUUUCCAUCAAUGAUAUUUCAUUGCAGGUCCUUCCGGAUAACAUCGGGAACCUCUCCAACUUGGUAUCACUAGAGCUCAGAGAGAAUCUGCUGACAUUCUUGCCAGAGUCACUAUCUCAGCUUCAUAGGCUCGAAGAGCUCGACCUAGGCAAUAAUGAGCUUUACAGUUUGCCACAGACAAUAGGCUGUCUUGUCAGCUUAAAGGACCUGUGGCUGGAUGGAAACCAGCUGGCUGAAAUACCUGCAGAGGUGGGCACUAUGAGGAGCCUGUUGUGCCUAGAUGUGUCCGAAAACAAACUGGAGCAUCUUCCAGAAGAGUUAGGAGGCUUGGGCUCACUCACUGACUUGCUAGUGUCCCAGAACCUCAUUGAUGCUAUACCAGAAAGCAUCGGAAAACUAGGAAAACUUUCAAUAUUGAAAGCUGAUCAAAAUAGGCUCACUCAUCUUCCAGAGAGCAUCGGCAACUGUGAAAGUCUCACUGAACUGGUACUCACAGAGAACCAGAUACAGAGUUUGCCAAGAAGUAUUGGGAAAUUGAAGCGGCUCUCCAACUUCAACUGUGACAGAAAUCAGCUAGCGUCAUUACCUAAGGAGAUUGGAGGGUGCGGCGGUCUUAACGUCUUCUGUGUGCGAGAAAACAGACUGACGAGGAUACCAUCAGAGCUGUCACAAGCCACAGAGCUGCAUGUGCUUGAUGUCUCUGGGAAUAGGCUCACCCACUUACCGAUGUCACUGACCACGCUACGGCUGAAGGCCCUGUGGUUGUCAGAGAACCAGUCGCAGCCUCUCCUCACCUUUCAGACAGACGAGGACCCUGACUCGGGGGAGAAGGUGCUCACCUGUGUGCUGCUGCCCCAGCAGCCAUAUGAAUCUGACAACAAAGGGUCUGAUAAUCUUGCCCGCUGCGGUGCCCUGGAGAGCCUGGUGAAUGACAUGAUGGAUGACGCCUGGGACAACAAAGCUUCAAACAGGAUCAGUGCCAUUCAUUUCCUGGAUGAUGAUGAGGAUGAGGAGGAUGAUGAGAAGAGAACACUGAUGCGCCGGGCCACGCCUCACCCCGGCGAGCUGAAGACGAUGAAGAAAGCGGCUGAGAACCUCCGCAACGACCUGAACGCUGCCAAAGGCCUGGACUCCAACAAAAACGAGGUCAAUAACGCUACAGACAGAGUGACCACGUCUGUGUGACUUUUACCUCAGAAAUGUUUUUACCUCCUGUGUCUCUUGCCGUGUCCUCCUGCACAGCCCCUCCGCCCCACCUCCUUUUUUCCUUUUUUUGAAUUACUUUCCUGUCUUUUUUUUUUUUUUUUUUUAAACCUACAAACCCGUGUGGCCUGCCCCUCCUCUGAUUAUACCCCGGGACACCAGUACCUUACUUCGUCUUCAGCCCUGUAUUAAAUGUCUUGGACUCAGUGUAGGGCCACUGUGCCUUCCUCUUUUUAAGUGAUUUCCACAGCAAUAAUCUGCACAGAUUUGCUCCUUUUUAAAUGAUAUUUUAAAGAUUUAUUACUUUUUUAAAACAACUUUUUAAAAAUUAUACAUUAGGUAGUUGCACUAUUAUUAUAAGUCUUUAUAAUAUGGUCAAAUCUUCUUAAAUGUAUUAUAUAUUUGUUCUAUAUCUAUUUUUAAAACACUGGGUGAAUAUUUUCUUUUUACAUUUUGGGCAAACAUUAAACCAGGAGUUUUUGGACCUACUGAUUAAGGAUUGUUGUAUAGUCAUUUGUGAAUAUUGAUACUUUUAUACUUUUGGCAGCUCAGAUGUAAAUAAAAAUGUAUAGCAAAUUUCUUAAUCAGUUGGAGAUUUUAAAGUUUUCCUUUGAACUUGGUACUUUUUUUUCUUUUUAAAAUUAAAGCAAUGAACAAAGUGCAGUCAAUAAUGUCUUAUUAAAACAAUUUAAUUGUCAUUGGGUGAGGAGACAGCCUUGAAUCUUCUUAUUGAUUAUUUGUUGAAACUUAUAAGUUAACCCUUGACUUAUUUCUAUUAUAAAUAGGUUUUGUCAGUCAACUAAUUUUGGACUCAAGAACUUAAUGUACAACACCUACCUUUUUAAUUAAUCGUCCUCAAUGCAAUUGUACAGAAGUGACAAGGCUGUCUUAUUUAUAUCUGCUGUGCUUCACUGCUUUGCAAUGUUUAUCAAAUAGAUGCCAAAAACAGCUGCAUUUUUAAAAAGUGUCUCCUUCUCCUUAAGAAACAGUACUGUAUACGAUAAAUAUUGGUCAGAAUGCGGUCCAGAUCACAAGGAUUGAAUCCUUUAAAAAUGCAGUUGUUAGAAGUUAUACUUCAAUGCACUUCUCAAAGUUUAUUCUUUUAUAUGGUACAAAAUUAAAAUUUGUUAUUUUGUUCUUAAUUUGAUUGCAAGAAGUGGAGCCUAGAGAUUGGUUCAGAUGUUGGUUUUAUAUUUUAAUUAUUUCCUGAUCAAACUGCACAAAACUCAGAUCUCAAAUAGGCAUUGACUCUGGGCCUAGAGAUUUGGAUGACUUUUAACCACUGAUCCAAUAAAAUGGGUGUAAAACUAAACAAACAUGUUCGUUAUUCCUUUAACAUUAUUAGUGGCAACCUUUAAGACCUGUCAUAGUGAACGCUGACUGUGGAGAGGAUGUUAGGAUACUGUCUGGCUAAAGGUAACAUUUCAGCUCUGUUGAACUUC